GCCAGAAAAUGGCGGAUAUUGAGGAGUUACGGGUAGGCGAAAGUGUUAUGAUAGCUGGCAGCUGCUCUGAAGUUCUCCUAGUUUAAAGUAGUUUUGUUUGCUUUUGUUGUUAUCGUUUGGUUUUUAAAGCUCAAUAAUCGAAUCCCAUCUUACAAGAUUUUAUCGUCAAAGAUUAAGCAUCGAUAUGUGUCACUGUCGUAGGCCAGAGCCAUAGCAUAGCCUGCUAGCAGCUGCUUCGUUAGUUGUCAAGGUUCUUUGGCUUCAACUAGCUAACGAAGCCAGUUACCUAUAUAUUAUUAGCCAAUAUUUGGAAUGUUAUUGUAGCUACUGUCCUCAAACACUAGCUAGCUAAUUGGUGUUAUAAAUUAAUGUUUAGUGUAAUAGGUUUUACGACCAAACGCAGGUAAAAUCCUGCAGCCUUUUAACAAUUCUACCUGGUCUUUUGUUUUUGUCCGCUCUAGCUAGCUAAUAGCCACGUAGUUCUGCAACAAUAUGUAACUAGCUAGCUGACUUUAGGUGGCUAGCUGGUUAACUUACACAAGUAAUAUUUCAGAAGCAAAUACAAUCAUUUUAUAUAAUUAUAAAUUCCAGCUUUGUUUUAUUAACUGGUGAACUAAUUAUGUCAGUAGGCAAGAGAAUAGCUAGCUAACGCUCUAGCAAAGAGAACCUUAUUAUUAGCUAACUGUUGGCUACCUAGCUAACUACCAAAGCUAUCUAGCUGGCUAGGUAGGUAGCUAGCUAACUAGCUGUUAAUUCCUGCAAGGAUUAACGUUGAUCAAGGUUUAUAUUUCCCCAUAUUCUAAACUAAUGCUCAAUUAAUAAGUGUUUGAAAAUAUGGAAGUGUUAUGGUACGUUACCAAUAACGUGUGAAACAGCCUGUUGUAUCAAGUCGUAAAUGGAAGAAGAAUCUGCCUUGUUCUUUGUGUUUCAAGUCUCAGCUUCUAGUUAGAUAGAUGCAUUUCGCACAUAUUUGUUAAGGAUUUUUUAAAGAAAAAGGAUUAACAAGUAAGAACAAUCAAGCAUGGACCAUAUGUUGAAGGAAUAUGGUAUCAAGUUUCCGUGUCUCAGAGCUUCAGGUACUGCUAAGUUUUGCUGGAAGAAACAAGAGUGGUCGCAAGCAUGAACUUCUACUGAGGGCUUUGCAUUUGCUAAAGAGUGACUGUAGUCCUGCUGUACAGAUUAAAAUCAAUGAACUUUAUUGCCGAAGGUAUCUAAGGACACUCAACAGCCUCCCGUACUUGUCUUCUCUUAAGUCAAACAUAAAGUCCUACUUUCAGACAGAGAACGGCUCGGAGGUUGUGAGGCCGGCCCUUUCUCUUGGUGCUAGUCAUUCAGACUUGGUGCAUCCACACUUGGUGACCAGUAAAUCACCAAUGUUUCAUGACUCAAAGCCCAGAAUGAACAUGCAGCAGCCUGCUCCACUUAUGCCCCCUGUCCACCCGGACGUCCAGAUGAAGUCCCUCCCAUUUUAUGAUGUGUUGGAUGUUUUGAUCAAGCCAUCAAGUUUAGGGGCCAGUACUAUUCAGAGAUUUCAUCAGGAAAAGUACUUCAUCUUUGCCUUGACUCCACAGCAAGUGAGAGAAGUUUGCAUUUCCAGGGAUUUCCUUCCUGGGGGUAGAAGAGACUAUAUGGUGCAAAUACAACUCCGGUUCUGCCUUUCUGAAACCAGUUGCCCUCAAGAGGACAGCUAUCCCAACAGUCUUUGCAUUAAAGUAAAUGGGAAGCUCUUUCCCCUACCAGGCUAUGCACCCCCACCUAAGAAUGGUGUGGAACAGAAGAGACCAGGCAAACCUUUGAACAUCACAUCUCUUAUCAGAUUAUCAUCUGCAGUACCCAAUCAGAUAUCAGUCACAUGGGCACCAGAAAUUGGAAAGACAUAUUCUAUGUCUGUUUACCUGGUACGACAACUGACCUCACCAUUGUUACUGCAGAGGUUAAGAAUGAAAGGGAUUAGAAACCCUGACCACUCUAGAGCGCUAAUAAAAGAAAAGCUCACAGCGGACCCUGACAGCGAAAUAGCCACAACUAGUUUGCGAGUCUCACUUAUGUGCCCACUUGGGAAGAUGCGCCUCACGGUACCCUGUCGAGCACUCACCUGCUCCCAUCUCCAGUGUUUUGAUGCAGCAUUGUACCUCCAGAUGAAUGAAAAAAAGCCCACCUGGAUCUGCCCUGUGUGCGACAAGAAAGCCACAUAUGAAAGUCUGAUCAUAGAUGGGCUCUUUAUGGAAAUUCUAAAUGACUGUACAGAUGUUGACGAAAUCAAGUUCUUGGAGGAUGGCACCUGGUGUCCAAUUAGACCAAAGAAGGAGGCACUUAAAGUGGCAUCUCCAUGUAUACCCAAAAUUGAAUGCGUGGCCCCUGUGCGGCAGAGUGCAGUCGUUCCUCACACAGAGCCUAGCAGCACAAAAAAGGCAGAUGUGAUUGACCUGACACUUGAUAGCUCCUCAGAUGAUGAAGCAGAGCCAGACCCUCCACUGAAAAAGCGCUGUGUCUACAUGUCCAAACAUGAGGAGAUGCAUAGCAAAGGCGUUUUGACCUAUCAGCCAUCAACAGUUCGAGUGCCAAACGUCCAGGCAUUGGACACUUCAUACCUAACUUCCUCCAUAACGGACUAUGCAGUUCCAUUUCAUCAUUCAACACUGUCCACUAUUCCGACUGAUAUGCAAAGUCUUGACUUAUUUUCUUUACUUCAAGGAGACCCUCAGCAUUACCGGACCCCUGUGUUCCUGGACAACUUGUCCAGCAGCAUCCAGAGUGCCACCACCAGUGCUGGACUUGUAUCCUCCUCAGUCCAGUAUGACCCAGCCCCACAUGGAGGCAGCUCUAGCCAUGAAACAGGUGUCAUCACCGGAUCCUCAACUCUGUCUGACAUCAUCUCACUGGACUGAAUCAAGGUUAUCAGCAGGUCACCUUUACCAAGCAAACUACCAUGGGACAUGGGUUUCCAGAGACUGACGUAUCAGAUGUAUUUACGGUUAAAUAUCACAUUUUGCAAUUGUGGAAGAUCUGUGUAUAUGGAUUUAGAUCUUCGCAAUAUGGCAGAUGUUUUGUUACCCAUGUGGGUAGCAAUUGAUGGUUUUGAGACAUCCAACCUUGACCUGUGUUCAUUCUCUCCCUCUGAGGAAAUUCUUAUAUCCUAAUGGUGACCCAUAAUCAUUGCCUUUUCGAUACCAUAAACUGAACAGGGGAAUCAAGUCAACGAAAGGAACACUGGCCAUUGAAUUUGUGGUCAUGUUGGAACCAGAGCCGGGUGAUGCUACUCUGGAAACAAAAUGAAAGCAGUCCGUGGCAGCUCGGUUUAUAUCGUAGUACUAACCAAUUUAUGCAGUGCAAUUUUACAUCAUCUUAAUGAUGCUAAUUGAGUCUUAGCAAUAAAAAACUGCUUGUGUGUUCCAUUGUACAUUAUGUAGGAUGGUAAAACUUGCAGAUUGUAAUCUGAUCGCAAAUGUGUCGGACUGCAACAGCAGGUCAGCUGUGUUUUUUGUUUUGUUUUCCCCCUCUUUUUGAUGUCAUUUACAUUUUUUUGUUGUUGUUGUUUUCUCUUUACAUGUGCUUUUUAUUAAGGGCUAUGAAAUGAUAGGCCUGUAUUUUGUCAGUUAAUGACCUUUGUGUGGACCUGCAUUAUAUUUGUAAGUGGGAUUCUUGUUCUCUUUCUACUAUUUAAACUGUCAUGUGUUUUUAGUUAUCCAUCUCAAACCCUGUCCAACCUAAGUUCAAUUAUUAUUUAAAAAGUCAGGAGUGUCCAUAUGUUUGUAUCUAUUGUGAUGGCAAACAAAUCAGCAUUAUCAGAAUUAAGGUAUUGUCCUAAAAAUUUUAUACUUCAAAAUUAAAGACCACAGUUUAGAAGAAGAUAAUUUUUUGGGGGGAGUUGUUCAGGUCUUAUUAGACCUGUCUUGGUCAUGGUGUUUGUCUUGCAAAAUUUCUACUGUUUUUCUGUUUUAUAAAGAUUUCACAUGAGGCCCUUGCAUUUCAAAUGGUGCUUCAGAAGCUCUUUUAUAGUGAUGAGACCCAAAAGUAGAAAUGCACUGAGCCUAGUAGUCCAGAGGGGCAUACAAUGCAGGCAGGAUGCUUAGGUUUGCAUACUAACCACACCUUGACCUCAGGCCUCAGUGUCACGAUGCAGCCCAACCACUACAGCAGUUUACUCACCACAGUUAACCAAUAGCUGUUUAUCUCAAGUGAGGAAAAUCUGGGUCUUGGAUCUAGUCCAACAUGGAAUGUCAGCCCAUCAAAUCAAAGCAAAUGUUGAUUUUCCAAAGAUGCUGUGUAAAAAAAAACAAAAACAAAUUCAAGCAAAGCACAAAAUCCUGGUUUAUGGCAUAUAUCUACUUCCUACAUUCUAAUAAAUACAGCAUAGCCUGUUUUUAUUGCUUGGUAGGCUAAUAAUACAGUAGAAUACUGAGCAUCUCAGUUGUACUUGCAAGGCUGAAACUUGAGUGGAUUUGUCUAGUUUGUGUAUGCUUUCAUGAUGAAAAAUAAUCCUACCUGGAAACUUUUGCUUCUUUGCAUCCAGCUAACGGCCCAGGUACCGAUAAAGGUCCCAGUGUUUGGUGUAAGCUUAGUACUGUACUAACUAAUUUUGAGCUUCAGACUAUUUUAAAGUGUUUGCAUUCAUUAUAUGAUUUCUUUUGAUUACUGAGUGACAGCUGUUGCUCUUGAAGGGUAAAGGAAGGUUUAAGGUUUGUGUUCAACGUUUCUUCAACUGGCUAGAACAGUAUGGUUUGUACUGUGUAUGGUUUUCACUUUUUUACAGCUCUGCCACAUUCCAGGCCUUUAACUGUUUUUAGUGCUGUUUAAGGAAUCAUCAAAUCAUAAUUCAUGUACUUCAAGUGAGAUCUUCAUAUACGUAUGUGUUGCAUUAAAACCUCUUAUCCA